AUGGCAUACGUGUGCAGCCGGAAGCGCAGCAGCGUGGAGAAUGAAAAGUUUUAUACUUGUUGCGACGAACCAUAUUUGGACAUCACAUUUAAUAUAACAAUGAGAAGGAAGACGCUUUUUUAUACUGUUAAUAUAAUAAUACCGUGCAUGGGAAUAUCCUUUUUAACUGUAUUGACAUUUUACCUUCCAUCGGAUAGUGGAGAGAAGGUUACUCUAUCUAUUUCUAUUCUUAUUAGCCUUCACGUGUUCUUUCUUUUGGUGGUUGAAAUUAUACCGCCGACGUCAUUGGUUGUUCCGUUGCUGGGAAAAUACCUUAUAUUUGCCAUGAUACUUGUGUCCAUCAGUAUCUGCGUGACGGUUGUUGUUUUGAACGUUCAUUUUCGUUCACCUCAAACUCAUAAAAUGGCACCCUGGGUUAAGCGCGUCUUUAUUGACUUUUUGCCGGCGUUUUUAUUCAUUAAAAGGCCGACGUACAACUUUGAAACAAGCAUUACGGCGAAUGGACCAUUUGGAGGAAGCUGUCAGGUUCAUGGUCCAGUUCCGACACUCACGCAUUGUAGUUCAGACGAAAUAGCUGCCGUCCCGGAUAUGGAUAUAGGAUCUUUUGGGAUGAAAAGUCCCAUUUUAAACAAUCCAGCAUUUUCCCAUUCCAAAUGCCUUCCAAAAAUUCACAAAAGCUGCUUUUGUGUGCGCUUUAUAGCAGAGCAUACAAAAAUGCAAGAGGACUCAACUAAAGUUAAAGAGGAUUGGAAAUACGUUGCUAUGGUGCUGGAUAGACUUUUUCUGUGGAUAUUUACGUUGGCAGUUGUAGUUGGGACCGCUGGAAUAAUUUUACAAGCUCCUACGUUAUAUGACGACCGCAUUCCAAUUAUUGAGCAAAAGGACUUGGAUUUCUCGGGAACAUCAGCCGGACGCUGUAGACCUCCUCAAUAACAUUAUUAUAUUGGCGGAAUUUAAUUUAAAACGGAGGUUUAUCAGAUUGGUACUAUAAUAUUAUUUUUACUAAUAUUUUCUGCAGGAAAACCUGUUAAAAAUCAUAAAUCUAUUGACGGCUUCAAGAAACAAGUUCAGUAUCCAAUUUUUUUAAGCACAUUUUGUGCUAUUGGGUCGUUCACUGAAUAGUUUGUUUUAUCACGACAUUUGGUUUAUCCUUGUAAAUGAACACGUUAUACCAAUUUACUCCUAUUAGCCAGCUCUUGAAAUAUUAUUCUAUGAAUUGUUUGAAUCGCCAUCCAGUACGUGGUACGAGAUUAAAGGAUUAAAUUAAAAAAUUUUAAUAUUGAAACAGAUCUUGCGAAAGAGCACACAAUAAAACUAUUCCACAAAGUGUUCAGCUUUUUCAAUAUAUAUAAUAGAAAAGCGAUAGAGUAUAAAGUCAGUUGCGAAUAAGUGCAACCACCCGUUACUCGUAAAAGAAAAGAGUAUACUAGAUUCGUUGGAGCAGCGUGUAACAGGUACAGGGAAACUAUUUCUACCCUAUAAAGUAUAUAAACUUCCAAUCAGCACUCCUGGCCGAGGCGGUCUGGCCAUGUCCGUUUGUCAGUCUGCAUAAAGGUCGAGAUGUCGCAGGCAAGGUUGUUAUUCACUUUACUCGUAUAGUAAAAGGGUAUACUUCAUUCCUUGAAAAGUAUGAACAGGCAGAAGGAAGAGUUUCCGACCAUAUAAAGUAUAUAUAUUCUUGAUCGGGAUGAAUAGCCUAGUCGAUCUGGCCAUGUCCGUCAGUCCUUCCGUAUGAACGUCGAGAUCUCAGGAACUAAAAAAUGCCAGAAAGUUUAGAUACUGCAUACAGACUCCAGAGACAUAGACGAAGCGCAAUUGUUGACCCAUGUUGCCACGCCCACUCUAACGCCCACAAACCGCCCAA